GCUUUUGGCAGGGUUAGGUUAAUGAUUCAGCCAGCCUUUCCAAUGGUAAAAAAUGUGUUUCAGAUGUUUGGACCAUUUCAGGUUUGGACCGGUCAGGUGGUACAUUCCAAUAUAGCCCUCAGAAGGGGUUAUGCUGGGCAGCUCUGCACAGCUCCUCCAAUCACAGGGUGCCACCCGCCUGCCCCGCCGUCAGGUUGGACUGCCUGGUGAAUCAUUAACCCCCCGCAGCUGAAAACAUCCGCUGAGCAGAGCGGCAGGCUGUCGGAGGGGAGAGAGAACCACGGGAAGGAGUGAAACGAUAAGACCUGGGGGAAAGGGAACAGCGUUUGGCUGCAGGCCUCCUGCAGAUAGAGACAGACAGACAGACAGGCGUGAGCCAGAGGACAGGCCUGUGAGAGGAAGCCCUCUGAGCCCACGGUGCGGACCUGAACGGGGCUCCUGGUGCACUUUGAACUUUGAACCUUAAGGUUGACCUUUCACCCGUCAUUGAUCUCGUCAGUGUUCCUCGUGUUCCAGCCCCCGCGUCUCACACAAAGUUCACCACCUCUCCGGCGCACGUGCGUUAACGCCUCUCUGGGGAGACAGAGGAGAGCGUGUUCUCAGAAGAGCUGUGUCGGCUGGCUCCGUGUUUUUAUUCCACGUAAUUGUAUUACAUUUUGGACUGCAUAAGCCAUGGCGGCCACUGGAUACGGGUAUUAUCGCACCAGCAUCUUCCUGGCCAUGUUUGUGGGCUACACGCUCUUCUACUUCAACAGGAAGACCUUCUCCUUCGUGAUGCCGUCGGUAAUGCAGGAGAUCAAGCUGGACAAAGAUGACCUUGGUCUCAUCACCAGCAGCCAGUCUCUAGCCUACGCCAUCAGCAAGUUCAUCAGCGGCGUGCUGUCGGACCAGAUCAGCGCCCGGCUGCUCUUCUCCGUGGGCCUGUUCGCGGUCGGCUGCAUCAACGUGGUCUUCUCCUGGUCCUCCACCGUAACCGUGUUUGCGGGGCUAUGGUUCCUGAACGGGCUGGGCCAGGGCCUAGGGUGGCCCCCCUGUGGGAAGAUCCUGCGGAAGUGGUUCGAGCCGGCUCAGUUCGGGACGUGGUGGGCUGUGCUGUCCUGCAGCAUGAACCUGGCUGGGGGUCUGGGGCCCAUCAUCGCCACGGUGACGGCGCAGAGCUACAGCUGGAGGAGCACCCUGUCGGUCUCCGGCCUCUCCUGCAUGGGCGUGGCCUUCUUCUGCCUGCUGCUCAUCAAGAACGAGCCCAGCGACGUGGGCCUGCCCAACAUCGAACCCGGGGCCAAGAAGGGCAAAGCAGGUGCCUCCGCUGAUGACAGCACGCUGAAGGAGUUCCUCCUGUCCCCCUACCUGUGGGUCCUGUCUCUGGGAUACCUGGUGGUGUUCGGUGUGAAGACUGCUUGCACUGACUGGGGACAGCUCUUUCUUAUUCAGGACAAGGGCCAGACAGUACUCAUGGGCAGCUCCUACAUGAGUGCACUGGAGAUUGGCGGGCUGGUGGGCAGCAUCGCGGCAGGGUACCUGUCCGACAGGGCUGUGGCUCAGCAAGGCAUUCGUAGCCAUGGCAACCCCCGCCACAGUCUCCUGCUCUCCAUGAUGGCUGGAAUGUUUGUGUCCAUGUACCUCUUCCGGGUCACCGUCAGCCCCGACAGCUCCCAGAUUUGGAUUCUCUCGUUAGGGGCUGUUUUUGGCUUCUCCUCAUAUGGACCAAUCGCCCUGUUCGGGGUGAUAGCCAAUGAAAGUGCCCCUUCAAACUACUGCGGGACAUCGCACGCCAUCGUGGCUCUAAUGGCUAAUGUCGGUGGGUUCCUCUCAGGACUCCCGUUCAGCACCAUCGCUAAGCACUACAGCUGGGACACGGCCUUCUGGGUCGCUGAAGUGACCUGCGCCGUGACGACCAUCGCCUUCUUCCUCCUGCGCAACAUCCGCACCAAGAUGGGCCGGCUGCCCAAGAAGUCCGACUGAGCUCUGCGUCACGUGACCCGCAGCAACCAAUGGGGAGAGCUUUGCCAUGACACUCACAGUAUUUCAAAGGGAAGUUAGAAUGUGUACGAUUAAAUUGUAGAAAUGUUCCUCAUUACAUUUCUUCUUGCUAGUCUUUUUUCACGCCAAGACGUGUUCAGAAACAUUGUUGAAGAAUAGUUGCAUUGGUAUAAGAAAUGUUUUCUCAUACCAAAAAAUAAAUGUUGAAUCUUAUGUUCUUAUUUAACAUAAAUUCUGUAAUGAGAAUUUUGUCUCUGAAGGCAUCUUAAUUUGCAAUGUACCACUAAUCCAGUGGUAUUAAUGUCAAAAAUGGUUUUAGGAUUAUUGAUUGGAAAAUAAGUGUUUUUAAAGGAACAAAAUCGAUAACUCAUUUUUCAUCAUAACUAUGCAAACUUUAGUACCUUCAGCACCCCUUGACACGAAAGAGCCUUUGAAAUGCCCGAUCAUGUUCACAAUGGAAUAAUCUCGAGCUUGAAAAGUCAAUAAAUACUUGAACACCUGAA